AUGUCCAGCAGCCCCUCCGUAACCCGGCGCCCCUUCUUCGAGAAAUCAAACACCGAACUCACCUCCUCCCUGCGCUCCAACUUCUCCGCCCACCAACCCUCGCAACCCGCCUCCACAACCCCCCCAUACAAAUCCUGGACCACACAAACCCCCUCCGCCCUCUACAUACCCUCGCACACGCCCUCCCCCCUCUCCGAACCGCGCGACUCCUACGACAUCACAGUCAAGCUCUUCUACCUCCCCAACAUCCCCGCCGACAGGCGCUGCGCACAAACACGAGAAGCCAUCGAGCUCGUCCUGAAAGAACUGGGCAGCACGAGCAUCGACCUGCUGAUUGUGAGCUUCCCGGGGAUAUCCUUUGACGCGGACGACUCGGACUCGGACGACGAUGAUGACGAGCCGUCCCCCCCGCAGUCGAGCGAUGGCGAGGAAGUACCCCCCGAAGACAUCGAGACCAUGAUCACCACAUGGCGCUCCCUCGAAGCCCUGCAAGCCGAAGGCCUAGUGCAGAAACUAGGCAUCGCCGAGUUCGGCGUCGCGAGACUGGGCAAAUUCCUCGAACACACGCGCAUAAAACCGAGUGUUAACCAGAUUAAUGUGCGCGAUUGCUGCGUUGUGCCUAAGCCGCUUAUUCUGUAUGCGAAACAGCAGCAGAUCGAGCUGCUUACGCAUAAUGACUGUACGAAUAUCCUGCCGCGGGGGACGCUGAGGCAGAUUCUGGGGGAGGGGGAGGGGGGCUCGGGGGUGCUGGCGGGUGAGGCGAAUGUAGAGGGGUUGAGGGGCGAUGUGGUGCCGUUGUGGGUUGUUAAGUAUACGGCUGUGGUGAAGGAUCGGGGUGUGGUGGAGAAUAAGGGGUAUUUUGCUGUUGCGGAAUUGAGAGAGUAG